AUGCUUGUUCUGAAUAUCCAUUCGUUAUGUACCCCUUCCAAGUCAUCUAAACUCCCUUCUCUCCUCCAACCCCCUCCUUUUCUCCCCCUUUCCCCCCUUUCUUCCCCCCCAAUCCACCCCCUUUUAACCCCCUUCUUCAUUUCUCCCCUCUCCCUCCCCCCUUACGCUACAUGUCACCCUCUUACAGGCUACGGCGAGUUGCUGAAAACUGGGUCCGGGCGGCCAUUUCGUCGUCUUUGCCGCCGACCAGACGGCCCUAGCCUUCGCCACCAGCAGGAAGCCGAGCAGGUGCGUCGUGCUGAGAGCACGAAGGGUGUCCUGCUGAGUGAACCUCGUAGUGUCCCUCGCCGUCACAUGCGUCUGCAGGUGGGGCGGCAAAACGCUGACGCGGUUGGCCCCUCACUGCCCAACCUGCUCGCCCUAGACAUCACCGGCUGCCCCCUGCUCGCUGGGCUUAGAGACUGCCAGCCGCCCCCUGCUCGCCUCGACCACCCCCCACGCGCGCAUGCUGCCGCUGCAGGCGCAUGUGGUGAUGGCGGCGGUGGAGAAGCUUGUAAGGGGGACGGAGUGGGGGCGGCUGGAAGUGCUGGUGGUGGACAUGCCACUUGUGCUGGUGCUGCCACGGGCAACGUGCAGCACAGCUUGAGCGGAUUGGCUGUCAGUUGCGUGGCAGACGGAUUGCACGGGCGCAGCACAGCACCCUGCCCCCACGGAUGCCUCGUGACUCGCACUCACUUUCUCGCUCCAUCUGCUCGCACUCCUCCACCCUCCUCUCCUCCAGUCGUCUUUUCCGUCUCACCAUCCACUGUUCUUUCCCCACCCAUUCAUCCACCCAUGCCCCUCACCAGGAGCGGUGGUGAUAUCGACACCGCAGGACCUUGA